GCCGGGGUUUUUUUUUUUUUUGGGGGGGGGGGGGUUGUGCUUCUUCUGGGGAACGACAACAUCUACUGACGGGUCAGCUUUAAACACAAUACGCCUCCGUGCUAAUGGUGCAAACACUUCGUGAAAAAAAGCUGAGUCAUAGACGCGCUGUGCAGCAUGUGAAUUUAAACAACUUGUCUUCUGUCUCUACUCACACCAACAUGAUCUCAGCUAUGACCAUGAGCCAUGAAGAUGAGUUUGUUGCCGUGCGGGUUCAAGAUCCCCGGGUGCAGAACGAAGGCCUGUGGAAUUCCUAUGUGGAUUAUAAAAUCUUCCUCCAUACCAACAGUAAGGCGUUCACUGCCAAGACAUCGUGUGUCCGACGGCGCUACAGCGAGUUUGUGUGGCUGAAGAAGAAGCUGCAGAAGAAUGCUGGCUUGGUGCCCGUUCCGGAACUUCCUGGAAAGUCCUUCUUCUCUUUCAGCAACGAGGACUUUCUGGAACGCAGGCGUCAAGGACUUCAAGUCUUCCUGGACAAAGUGGUGAACAUGACGGUGUGCCUGUCGGACAGCCAGCUCCACUUGUUCCUACAGACCCAGCUGCCCGUCGGCCACAUCCUGGACUGUGUGCAAGGCCACACCCCCUACACCGUGACAGACGCCAUCCUGACCUACGCCUCGUCCAAUCAGGGCUGGGCUCAGGCUCAGGAGGAGGACACGGCGGUCAAGGAGCCAAGUCUAACUGUGUCUUACGAGUCCAUGGAGAGCCCGGCUCCUCAUCAGCCUCACAACAAAAACGGCGUCUUGUCCAGCGCCGACGGCACACUUGAAACUCACGAUUUGACCGCAUGUGACAAAGCCACGCCGGCAAUCUUUUACCUCGGGGAGGACCGAGACGAGCGGACGCUGACCGAAGUGGGCAUGCCAGGCAGCGGUCCCAUGGAGACCCCUGUGGAGGUGCACGUUCCUGGGUGUGCAGGCAUUGAGGAUGUGGACCGUGGAGGUUCAGCUCCUCAGGUGGAGGUGCUGGUUACUGAUUCCGAAGUGGAGGAGGAAGCUGUGCCUGAGGUAGUCAGAUCCAAUCAGGAAGCAGUAACAAGCGAGCAGGACUCUGCGUCGCUGUCGUCGUCCAACGAGAGCAUCGUGCAAGUCAGCGACGAAGAAGACGCCGUCAGUCGCGACUGUUUAACGCCGAACAGCUUUGUCAAGAUGGCUCCCGAGAACGACAACCACUGGUCGCAGGUGUCCAGCGGUACCACCGUUACUGGGGACAUCGAAGCGAACAGUUGCGGUGACCGGGAGCUGAGCAACUCCUUGGAUGUCAAUUUUGCUGAGAACGACUUCAGCGUGUUGGGGAGCACCUCCGCGCCCGAAUUGGCGCACGUGAAACACUUGGAUUUGUCAGACUGAAGGGGGUGUUUUUUUUUUUUUUUUAACCUUUACAUUUAUUUUAAUGCUUGACAGCAGUCGGCUCAGUUCUAAAUCGUUUUUCACUUUUUUGGGGAGGGGAAAAUAUACAACUUUUCCCUGCUGAGCCCUGCUGCAAAUAGUGAAAAUAUAAUUUGUUGACCCAUCCCUGAAAACAAAUAAAGGUAAUAAUUAUCUAUAGAUUCCACAAAAUGGCAGCAAAGAACUUUGUUCUAUUAGACAAGAUGAAGGCCUGACUAAAUGAAGCUUAGUUCUAUGGAACCAAAGUAAUGCUUUUAUGAGAAAUAGCUUCAGACUGAGCACAUCCAACUUUUGGACCUUUAUGCUGCAAGUGUAUGAGUGGAGUGUCUCAUAGAAUGUUAACUAGUUCAGCAUUUUUGGAGAGCAUCUAUUCAUUUGAAUUAGCCUUUAAAAGAUGCAUUCAGAGUUGCCAGACUGAGCAAGUUUUUUUUUUUUUUAAUUAUUAUUAUUUAAAAACCUUAGUAUUUUAAUGCUGGACCGCUGGCACUCGUUUUGGUGUAAUGUCGCUAUCAGGACUGAUGGGGGCGCCAAUGUUCUCUGGAAGAUUUUAAACGGGUUUAAAAAAAUCUGGUCACAUGUAGACAAUGGUUGGCAGUCAAUAGCGUUUUGACAAACAAGCAUACUCCUCCCUGGCAACAGAUGUAGAUUAACUGUGCAAGCGUUUUGGCUUCCACCU